AUGAAUGAAGGCCAAACAGAUGAGCAAAAUGAGAAAGUUGAAACUGAAGAAUCAGGAAAUCAGAUUAAGGAAGCUAAAGAUGGAGAUGCAGAUGAUGAGAAUGAUGAAGAAUCGAAGGAAAAGAAAGAUAAAGAAUUAGAGAAACAAGAAGAAGAAUCAAAUGAUGAAAAAGAAGAAGAAUCAGAAGAAGGAAAAUGGGAAGAAUUAGGGACUGGAGCUAAAGAUGGAGAUGAAGUGGAGGAAAGUGAAGAUGAAACUUUGAAAGUAGACCGAAGAAAAUUAUACAAAAACGAAGCAAAUAAAUGUGCAAGUAAAUGUGAAAUUCCUAAAAUACUGAAACAUAAUUCAUUUUAUCAAAUUAGUGUUGGGUCAUCUAAAACGAAACUAAUCAAAGAGAAUGAGGUUAAUGCUCACAAACAGUCAUCAUCAAAUGCAACAGUUCAAUCACUAAUAAUGAAGCUUAGAGCCAAACAGGUGAUUAUGCAAAGUAGGUGA